UGUUCCCCCUUAAAACUUAUUGUUACUACACUUUAUAUUAUUGCAUUUUCUCUCCCAAUAAUUUUUCCCUUUCUCUCUCUACAUUUGUCUAUUUCUCUCUCUCAUAUUUGCAUAUUGUUAAAGAGAAGUAAAUUACUGAAGAAAAAAAGAGUGAUUUUUGAUGGAUCUGAAAGAAACUGAGUUGUGUUUGGGGUUACCUGGUGGUGGCGGAGGAGGAGGAGGUGAAUUAAUCAGAGAUAAUAAUAAUAAUAAAAUUAAUGGAAAAAGAGGUUUUUCUGAGACUAUUGAUUUGAAACUCAAUUUUCAUCAAUCUAAUGAUGAUAUGGAGAAGAAUAAGAUGAAGAAUAUUACUACUACUACCAAAGAAAUUGGUUGUAACAAGGAUACAAUCAAGCCACCUACCAAGGCACAAGUAGUGGGUUGGCCACCAGUGAGAUCAUUCAGGAAGAAUGUAUUGGCAAAGAGCAACACUGAAGAAACUGAAAAGACAAGUGCUGCUGCAUUUGUCAAAGUUUGCAUGGAUGGUGCACCUUACCUACGUAAGGUUGAUUUGAAAAUGUACAAAAGUUACAAAGAACUUUCUGAUGCUUUGACUAAGAUGUUUAGCUCCUUUACUAAUGGAAAUUAUGGGUCCCAAGGAAUGAUAGAUUUUAUGAAUGAGAGCAAACUGAUGGAUCUCCUUAACAGCUCUGAAUAUGUACCAACCUAUGAAGAUAAAGAUGGAGAUUGGAUGCUUGUUGGAGAUGUACCUUGGGAGAUGUUUGUUGAUUCAUGCAAGCGUUUACGCAUAAUGAAAGGAUCAGAAGCUAUUGGACUUGCACCAAGAGCUAUGGAGAAAUGCAAGAGCAGGAUCUAAUCCAGUUGAUGUAUUUCAAAGUGCAAAAAACUCCAUAGAUAAUGCUUGAAGUUGAAGGUUUUGUGAGAUUAAUAUAUUGUUGUUUUUAUGUGUUUGUAUUUUAAUUUUAAUUAGUAUAUAGUUAAUUAAAGAAGUGAUCUUUAAUUUGGACAAUUUGUAAUGGACAUGAAGCAAUAAACUUAAAACCCUCUAUUGUG